AUGCCCUCAUUGGCUUAUUUUUUGAAUAGAACCAAAGAACUGUGUGGAACUAUACAAUCCCUUGAGUUUCGAGCACCAGGGAUUUUCACAAAUUCAUUUAUUGCUGAACCAUCUAUUACUACACUUUUAAAAGAUGCAGAAGAAUAUGAACUGUCCUUGUAUAAAAUAAAGAAGCCUAUAUUCUCUAGUACUAGUGAUUCUCCACCAGAUGCUACUGAACUUCAAUUAGAAUCAAAACCUGAAAGAGUGGAUGGGAAAUCUGUAUAUGUAGAUCAUAGCUUCAGUGAAUUCACGAAUCAUGAUAAGAAGCGUAAACGUACAGCUGUAAGCAUCCCAGACAUAAUCAAACCCCACACAAUUGAAAACAAUGAAAAAUCUUCACCUUCCAAGCUACUUGCAGCUUCUACUUUAACGAAUAAUAUUGAUGAAAUAUGUGGAACUGCUCUUGAUUUGAUAAGAAAAUAUCCAAACUUGGUGAAAGAAGAUGAAGAGGCUAAUCUUUUAGCAUAUCGAGAUAAGUAUGGAACUUUGGUAGAUGAGAUAAGUCAAUUAGAAACGCUAGUUACAGAACAACGUGACCAAUUAGCAAUGUAUAACGUGACAUUAAAUGAUGCAACUCUUACAAGUUCGCCGCUGAAGCAAAGACAACUGACUAUAGAACAUAAUUAUGAAGAAAGUGAAAUUGAAAUCGAUGAGUUAAUACGACAAGAAGAACAAGAAAUAGAAGAGCUUGAAGCUCAACUCAAUAAUCGUCAAUAG